GGAAUUCUAAUGAUUUCAUAUCAUAUUUCUUGCCACCAUUUGUAUUGUGAUGAUCCACCCCAAGAACCCUAGGACUAAUGUGAUGUGCUUUUAACCUUAGCCUACCCCCCACCCCAUUGCCUGCUAGUAGCAUUAUGCUUUUUGUCACUUUUUUAAAUCCCCUCUCUGACUCUGACGUAAGCCUCCACACUCCAGCCCUGUUCAACAUUCAACAUUUCAACAAUACAAAUCCCCUGUGAGCAGUUGGUCAGCAUGUUUGCCCACAUGCAGGUCCUAUAGUGUUGCAGGCUGGAUAUUGUAGUAAUUUACAAUUGAAUCACGACUUCUCGCGUUCUUACAUCACAACGAGGAAAACCACGUAUCCCAGCAUGACUUUCUUCAGCCGUUUAGUUACCCAAUGAAUGGUCCGUGCGCUUAUUCAGUGACCAAUCGGAGGGUAGCCUAAUCUUUUAAUUCUAAGAGUUAAAUACCAGGAACAACGUUUUAUCAUCGCAAUUAACAUCAAUUAGUUUAUUAGCCUAGUGUGGGAUGCGCUUGUGCGAUCUGUAAAGCUUCAGUUUGGUCAACAAGUGGUUGGCACGAUCAACAGAGACAGAAUCCAGGUUUUUGUCAGCACACAGGUAACAUUUUAUUUUCUAUUCAUUCUUCAGAUACAUAACGCGUGGUGUUUCAGUCAAUACGAACACUAUAAAGUUAAUGUUUUAAAGUAAACAACAAUGUUACAUAACUAACCUAUAGGCCUUAGCCUAACAUGGUCAACUGACAUAAACAUUCUAACGGUUUUUAAUUGCACUGUUCAAAUGGCCAUUUUUUUCAUAAAUCCGUAGAAUGAAUAGUGUCUAUGACCUAAGUGGUGUAGUUUCCUACUGAGCAAGAUUGAUUUGACGGAUGAAAUAGAUAAUAUAGCCUCUUGUCUUUUAUCGAACUUUUUCCUCAGGGGCAGCAGCUCGACAUGCUAUCGGGUAUGCGGGUCUGUGUGCCCUCCGCUGCAGCUCUAUUCGGCUUGUUGUGCCAUGGCUGUCGCAGCCGGCCGCGUAGUUUGCCAUUCCGGGGCUUUAGUUGGUCGCCCCGACAGAUCAGCCGGUGGAACAGUCAGGAUUCCAUUGACCUACCUCCUGCCGAGAACCCACGAAUUCUCAUCACAGGUGGACUUGGACAGUUAGGUGUUGGACUUGCGGAAAUCCUGAGGAAACAGUACGGAACAGAAAACGUCAUCCUAUCGGAUAUCAAGAAGCCUCCACCAGAAGUGUGCAGAAGUGGCCCGUUUGUGUAUGCUGAUGUGUUGGACUAUAAGAACCUCAGAGAGUUGGUGGUGAAUAACCGCAUCACCUGGCUGGUGCAUUACAGCGCUCUACUCAGUGUUGUGGGAGAGGCCAAUGUGGCCCUGGCACGCAAGAUCAAUAUCACAGGUCUUCAUAAUGUGCUGGACCUGGCUCUGGAGAGCUGUUUACGUCUCUUUGUCCCCAGCACCAUCGGAGCCUUUGGCCCUUCUUCUCCCCGUGACCCUGCACCUGACCUGUGUGUCCAGAGGCCUCGCACCAUUUAUGGGGUGUCCAAAGUGCACGGCGAACUGAUGGGGGAGUAUCUUCAUCACAAGUAUGGACUGGACUUCCGCUGCCUACGCUAUCCUGGCGUCAUCUCAGCUAACACACACCCUGGGGGAGGAACAACAGACUAUGCUGUCCAGAUUUUUCACGAUGCCCUCAGCACGGGUCACCACGAGUGCUAUUUACGCGCUGACACACGUCUGCCGAUGAUGCACGUUGGUGACUGCCACCGUGCGACUGUGGAGUUCAUGCAGGCCCCGGAAUGCCAGCUGUCGCUGCGCACAUACAACAUCGAUGCCAUGAGCUUCACCCCUGAGGAAGUGGCCACGGAAAUCCGCAAGCACCUGCCCCACCUCAAGGUCACCUAUAACCCUGACUCUGUCCGCCAGACAAUUGCGGACAGCUGGCCGGAGAGGUUUGAUGACUCCAACGCACGGAGAGAUUGGGGCUGGAAGUCCACAUAUGGGCUUGAGGAGCUCGUCUCAGACAUGCUGAGCUCCAUCCGUGACAAGAGGACCAACGCCGGACUGCCAGUCAGCUAGCAGGUCCCGCCCACAGAGACUGACCUACCAAUCACUAUUCCCUUAAGUCCGCUUCAGCCUGGGUCUGCCUAUCACAACAGACCCUCUUUCCUUAGCAUCAUCUCCAAACCAGGACUCUUCGGAUUAUAUUACACCAAUAAACAAGGGACUAUUUUCAAACCUGUCAUCUUCAGCCAGAACCACUCAACUUUCCACAACAGUGGACACUGACACCACAGAAACACACACACACACACACACACCACACACAAGCAACAGGCAACAAGCACACACUCUCAUAAUAGCAGCUUUACUCUUUUCAGGGAACCAUACUGUCAACAAUGUCUUCAGUUUCUGUUGUUUUAAUUGUAAAAUCAUAGCAGGUUUAACAUAGGCCUUAAACCUCUGGGGGAAAUAGGCUUCAGGCAAAUUAUUUUACAUAUAGUUAGUCAUAACCCUACCUUCAGUUUACAGUAUCUCAAGGGGUUUAAUUUAAUAUACAUUUACAUUUACAUCAUUUAGCAGACACGCUUAUCCAGAGCGACUUACAGUUAGGGCAUUCAUCUUAAGAUAGCUAGGUGAGACAACCACAUAUCACAGUCGUAGGAAGUAGAUUUUUCCUUAAUAAAGAAGUUAUCAGCAAAUGUUGUAUUAAUAGGAAAUGUCCCUUCUGGCCUGCUGCAUUAGGGUAGUAUAGAGGGCAGAGUGAUUUCCUUCCUGGCCUGCUGCAUUAGGGUACUAUAGAGGGCAGAGUGAUUUCCUUCUUGGCCUGCUGCAUUAGGGUACUAUAGAGGGCACAGUGAAAUGACACAGGAGCAGUGAGAGAUAUAGGGUCACCUAUCAGAAGAAAUAUAAAAUCCACAAUGUUUACAAAAGGCCUGCCUUUACAACACAACUUCAGUACAUUUUUAAACAUCUCCAUAUUUCUUUACAGGCAGUGUGAUUUUGGGUACAAAUGGGUACCAAAUAAAUUCAGAAUUGAAGCCUUAUUUUGAAUUGAGAACUAAUUGGAAAUAUAUUUGUGAGUAAUGAACAAAAUUGCAGUGUACCUUUGAUCAGAAAUUGAAUAAAUCUCUUA